UCAUAUUUUCAUUUGCAUUCAGACUUCUCCUCUCCUUUUGUUUUUUUUUGUGUAAAAAGAUAAAAUAUAGAACUCUAUUUUUAUUAUUUCUUCUUUUGUAGUUUGGUCCGAAGGACUUUUUCUUGAUAUGGAGGCUGUUUUUUGGCUGUUGGAUUUCUCGACUCAUCCACUAUCAUCCGGUGGUUAUCUUCCGCCGCCGUCUCCGGUGUUUGUUUACCGUCGCCGUUACCGGUUUCUCUCUACCGUCGCCGUUACCGGUUACCCUCUACCGUUGCCGUUUCCAGUUCUUCUCGUUCGAUGCCUUUUCCGGUUACAGAUGAACCUGCGGAUCUUCAACUGUUGCAACAGAUCUAGAUCUCUCAAAGGUGGUUGGAUAAAUGGCCCAUGGACCUUAUAUAGAUCUCUGGCCCAGGUUAUCAGAUCUUUGAGCCCAUUGAAGAUUGGAUACAAAUACAGAAAAUUAGCUGUCCAAGCAAAAAAAAAAAAGCUGGCUUCUCUUAGGUAUUCUCUACUACAUAUCAAACAUGCGCCGAGCUAACAAAUACAUGCAUGGCUCAUCCUAUAAAUACAGGAAGACUAGCUUUUCCAAACCACAAAUCAAAAAAACCCGACUCCUCUUAGAUCAAACAUAGCUUCUGAAAUUCUGCUUAAGGAAUGUUGAGCAAAGAGAUGCAUUUCUCGUGGAGACUGGUGGUUCCAUGUUUGCUCCGUGAUAUCAUGACCCAGGGUAAUGAUAUCUGUUGGGCAAUUGCCUUCGUAAGGCAAUUUGAGUUUCUCCUAAAGAAAAACCAUCGUAUGGAUAAGGAUGAGGAUCAUCUCUCCGUUCAAUAUUUCAUCAACAACACACCCAAACAAUUUAUGGAAAAAAAGGGUUAUGGUGGGAUCAUGGACAUUACGUGUCUACCAUCAGUUUUGUUGGAUCAUGGCACAGUCUUGGAGAAACACUGUCCACUAUCUGAGACCCUUCAAGUUACAAGAUUUAAUGCUGAUGAAGGUGUCACUGUUUACAAACCUAGCAAAGUCCGAGUGCGCUCCUUGUAUGACAAAGAGUUUAAAGAUGAUGUAGAUCGUUUCCAUCGUUUUCAUGGAAGUCUUAUUCAUCAGAUUGAAGUAGGAUGCGCCACUGCAAGAAUACCUAUCUAUCCAAGCUAUUAUAAACUUAAAGGAAAGGAAAUUUAUUGUCCAAGCAAAGCAGAGUUGAAGAAAGACGAACUACAUGGGCAUAUUGUCCUUUUCACGGGAUAUAGUUGUGAUGAAUAUAAUAAAGUCUACUAUCAGUUCCAAGAGACAGCUGGAACAUCAGUGGGAGAUGAAGGUUAUCACUACGUUUAUGCCGACUUCGUCGAAGUGUAUGUAGAGAUGGCGCUGUGAGGACAGGUUGCUGCUGACGGAUAUGGUAUACAAAUAACUACAAUAAUGGAAGUUUGAAGUGGAAUAAGUGAAUAACUUGGGAGACUUGUUAAUAUGUCGUGGAAGUUUGAAGUAUUAAUAAUUUGGAAGACUUGUAGCUGUCGUGAUUGAUAUAACCGACCUCUUAUAUGGUUUAAUAGAUCUUUGAAAUAGAAUAAACUUGAAUGACUUUGUCAAUAUGGUCGUGUCUGAUAUAACCGACCUUAUAUGGUUUAAUAGAUCUUUGAAAUAGAAUAAACUUGAAUGACUUUGUCAAUAUGGUCGUGUCUGAUACAACCGACCUUAUAUGGUUUACAAAUAAAUGAAGUAAAAUAAUUUGGAAGA